CAAAUUUCUAAGGCAUUUUGUACGGGACAGUAUACUCUACUCUAAGCUGUCUGGAAUGCAGUUGCACGUUGCCCCGUCCGGUAAUUUGAACUCCUUUAGUGAAAAUAGUAAGAAACUCACGAGAAUCUAUAAAAAAUAGUGCACUCUUCAUCAUUUGAAAAGAAAAACAGGACUGAUUUUCUAUCAUAUCAUUUGUGGAGGUUUUCGUAGUUACCUCUGUUAAGGCAUGGAGUCUAUUGCUGAUGUUCAAUACAUAAACAUGAGGACAGAGUUUCUGAAUGUUUUGGCUGAAAGAAGAUCAAAACUGGAGGGAUGGAGUGUGGAGCCAGCUCAACCUGUGACAAAUCCUAUGUACCAGUUAGCUUCCAUUCCACAGUUCUGUGAGGCAAUGGCAGCCUGCCCAAGGAAAGAUAUUCCUAAUUUGAAGGAAGAUCUAGAAGAAGAGAAUUUCUACUUGAUUACUGAGGCAGGUGACCAAGGUCGUCUACCAGUACUGAUUCUAAGGCUCAAAGACAGUGAAGUGAAACAAAGACCUGCUGUUGUUUUCCUGCACAGUUCAUAUAAAUGUAAGGAAUGGUUGCGGCCAUUGUUGGAGGCAUAUGCUUCCCGGGGAUACAUAGCAGUUGCAGUGGAUUCUCGUUAUCAUGGCGAACGUGCAAAAUACAAAACUGAAUACAAAGAUGCUCUUGUUUCUUCCUGGAAAACUGGCCAAACCAUGCCUUUUAUAUUUGACACGGUGUGGGAUCUGAUAAAGUUGAUGGAUUACCUUUCUGCAAGGGAGGACAUUAAUCCCUCUUCCAUAGGAAUUACUGGUGAAUCACUAGGAGGAAUGCAUGCAUGGUUUGCUGCUGCUGCUGAUCCCCGAUAUGCUGUGGUGGUUCCAAUCAUUGGGGUUCAGGGUUUUGGGUGGGCCUUAAGAAACAACAGAUGGCAUGCUCGAGUUGCAAGUAUACAAGAUGCAUUUGAAGAAGCCAAAUGUGAUCUUGGCAAGUCUUGUUUAGAUGCUGAAGUCGUCACAAUGGUUUGGGACAAAAUAGCCCCUGGAUUAAGAGAUAAAUUUGAUGCUCCAAACUCAAUUCCAUCAAUUAUGCCACGGCCACUCUUGAUUCUGAAUGGUGAAAAGGAUCCUCGAUGUCCUGUGGAAGGUUUGGAAGAAACAAUAUCUAUAGCAAAGGAGGUCUAUAGGAAGGCUAGCGUUUCAGAGAACUUCAAGUUUAUUGCGGAAUCUGGCAUUGGACACUGUAUGACGCCUUCCAUGGUUAAAGAAGCCAGUGUUUGGUUUGACAAGUUUUUGAUGACAGAAUGAAUGGAUAAAGAGUGAUUGGAGUGUUUCUUGCUGGUUUUCUGACAUGUAUUGCUACAGCAUCAAAGUAACUGGAUCUGGGAAAUAAAUUGCUUCAUGAUAAUGGUUAUUUAUAGCCGAAAAAUAAAAUCCACAAUAAUGGUCUUUUACAAGGCAGGCGUAGUUAUACUAGGGAUGCCAGAUGUUACAAUGAUGAUAUGCAAUCUUUAGGAUUUGUAAAAUCAUUGUUUGUCAUGUGGGAUGGAUUGUGCGGUUGCAUAUCUGACCUAUGUAGUAAUCUCCAAACAUUUCUUUUAGCUCUUCUUGAUCGCCUUACCCAUUUUUGGAUAAAAAAUGGGUUGUAUUGUUGGGAGUUUGUCGACGGCUUUUUGAAAUAAUCAAAGACAAUAAACAUAUACCAGAAGCUCUAGAUGUUGAUGCAAGUCGGUAAAUUGAUACUAAAUGCUUUGAUUAUGUGAAUAAAUGUAUGUCGAAUGCUCUUUCUUGUUA